AUGGCUUCUACACAGGAAUUGGCUUGCGUUUACGCUGCUCUUAUUCUCCAAGACGAAGGAGUCCCAAUCCUCGGAGAGAAGAUCUCCACCAUCCUCAACGCCGCCAAGAUCGAGUUCGAGCCUUUCUGGCCAGGACUUUUCGCCAAGGCUUUGGAAGGAGUCAACGUUAAGGAAAUGAUCACCUCCGUUUCAUCCGGAGUUGGAUCAGGCCCAGCUGCCGCUGCCGCUCCAUCUGCUGCCCCAGCCGGAGGAGCCGCUGCCCCAGCUGAAGACAAGAAGAAGAAGGAUGAGCCUAAGGAGGAAUCCGACGACGACAUGGGAUUCGGACUUUUCGACUAA